UGGCGCGUCUUCCCUUUGCCAAGAUGGCGGCGCGCGUCCAGCGAUGAGAGGCCGAGAAGGCGGCGCUGUGCUGUGUCGGGGUUCCCGCUCGGUGGCGGCCAUGGGCGAGGAGAGCAGCCCCGUCAGCGUGAUCCUGGUCAGCUCCGGCAGCCGCGGCAACAAACUGCUCUUCAGAUACCCCUUCCUGCGGCCACAGGAGCAGCCCGGGGCCCAGAGCAACACUCCCAGGAGUCGAUAUGCUUUCCGCAGCGCAGUGGAGAGCGUUGAGGACCAGGACGGAGAUUCCAGAAACCCGUCUCCUCCAACUGACGAAGAGUUGGUAUCAGGGUUCUCAGACGCCAUCUUGGCCACUAUCCUGGCCACCAAGUCAGACAUGUGCGGCAGGAAGUUUGAGCUGAAGAUCGACAACGUGCGCUUCGUGGGACACCCGACACUUCUCCAGCACUCGCUGGGUCUGCAGGUGUCUAAAUUGGAUCCGUCUCCAAAGCGAGAGAUGCCAACGAUGAUUCUCUUCAACGUAGUGUUUGCCUUAAGGGCUAACGCAGGGCCCUCUGUGAUCGCCUGUAUGCACACCCUGUCCAGACGGAUCGCCAUUGUUCUGCAGCACGAGGAACAGCGAUGUCAGUACCUGAGCCGCCAGGCCAAGCUGAUGUUAGCCAUUCAGGACGAGGUGGCCUCCAUGUCUGACAGUGAUGGCUCUCAGUCUCCGUUUCACCACAUUCUCCCGAAGUGUAAACUGGCCACAGACCUGAAGAAAGCCUAUGAUAGUCUAUGUACCACAGGCGUGAUGAGGCUACACAUUAAUAACUGGCUGGAGGUGAGCUUCUGUUUGCCCCACAAGAUUCACCAGAUCGGCUCCCACUACAUCCCCCCCAACGCCAUCGAGAGGAGCCUCAAAGCUAUCCGACCAUACCACGCUCUGCUGUUGCUGGAUGAUGAGAAGGUGUUACUGACACAGUUACCUGUGGAUUGCUCUCCCGCCCUUGUGAGGGUCAUCAAAACCUCCUCAGCCACCAAGAACAUACAGCAACUGGCCCAGGACGCUGAUCUGGCUCUGCUCCAGGUGUUCCAGUUGGCUGCUCACCUCGUGUACUGGGGUAAAGCCAUCAUCAUCUACCCCCUGUGUGAGAACAACUUCUACAUGCUCAGCCCUGAUGCUAACAUCUCAACGUAUUCCCCACUGGCUGAUCAAUUUGCUCAGCAAUUUCCCGGCAACGACAUCCUGACUGUUCUCUCAAAGUUCUCUCUACCAACCUCUCUCUCGCAGUUUAAGAAUCCGCUCGCUCCCCCCAUGCAGGAGGCCCAGUUGGUACAGAUGAUGAUCUGGAUGUUGCAGCACCGGCUGCUGAUACAGCUCCACACGUACGUGUGUCUGCUGGUGCCGGCCGGCGGGGAGGAGGGGGGCUCCAGCCGCGACCAGGACAGGCCCCUCCCAGCCCGAGUGGGGGGCAGGAGCCUCAGCACCCCCAACGCUCUCAGCUUCGGCUCCCCCACGAGCAGUGAUGAGAUGACGCUGACCAGCCCCAGUAUGGAGACGUCGAGUGCGGAGUUGCUGGGUGGAGGAGAUUCCCCGCUCAGUAAGAGAGUGACGGAGACGCUAUUGGCCAGUCUGUCCGAGACAGAGCGAAGAGCCAUCCUCAACGUCCCCGCUGCCCAGAACCCAGAGGAUCUCCGGAUGUUUGCCAAGCUCCUCCACUACUUCCAGGGACGUCACCACCUGGAGGUGAUCAUGUACAGUGAGAACAUGAGGCGUUCAGCGCUGUUGAUGCUGAUCGACAAGUUCCGCAGCGUGUUGGUGGUCCGGAACCACGAAGACCCCAUCAUCUCCGUCUUCCAGUCGCCCUUCGUGUGAUUGUCCGCUUAAGACCUGCGCGGAGGCCUGUAGUGAAGUGGUCAGAGCGCUCUCUUGCUCGCUCACUCGCUCGCUCGCCUCGCAAGCAAACGAGAGG